AUGUCGUUUGAUUUUUCCUGUGUCGAUUGGAGUGACGAUGACUCUAGCCCUUUUGAUCAGUGCGAAUCCAGCGUAUCUUCUAUUAGUAGCAGUGAAUCAUCCGUUACCUCCACUACCUCUUUGACACCCACCAACACCCGAAGCACCAGGGUCCGCUUUGCACAAGAAGAUGAAGUAUUUGAAGUUCUUCAUGUAAAGGACUUUUCGGAAGAUGACAUCAAGGCCGCAUGGUACCGUCCAGAGGAGUUUCGUGAGAUGAGAUUCCAAAUCCAACGGGACAUUUUUCUCAUGGAGCAACAACGCAACGAUCUGUCGGUGGAAUCCGAUACAUUCACCAAGCGUGGAUUGGAGUGCCGAACCUCCGAGGGAUCCUUGAAGCGCAGUCAGCAGAGGCUCAAGGCAUACGCUGCUGUCCUACAGACACAGCAAAGGCUGUGGAGAGAAGGACGAGAAGAUCCUGAACAAAUCGCAGCUGCGUACCGUCUUGUUUCCUCCAGAUGUUUGGGUAUGGCGUUGCUUCAGGGGAUCCAAGAUCAUCACGAUGUGCGAGAGCGCACUGUAGAAACACCUUCCCAAUCUUCCAACCCAUCUUGCCCUGUCUUGGAAGAUGAUGAUGAUGAUGAGGACGAUAGCUGUGCACCCAACAAGCCGAAAGAGUGUAAGAUAAUAUCUUCCAGAAGACUUGCUGUCUUGGAAGAUAUCAAGAUCCUCAGUGGGGCAUCUGAGUUGGAGCUGUGGUCUGCGAGCCCUGCUGCAGCCUGA